GCCGCCGCCUGGGCUGCCCGGAGCCGUCGAGGUGGCCGUGGCCAUGGACGGGCAGGCGGCGAUGGCGCCCUACGAUUACAGCCUGAUCGUGGGGCCCCUGCAAGAACCGGCCAGCCCCAGAACACCGCGCUUCGACUCCGCCGGCUGUGCGCCGCUCCACACCGGGCACCGGACCGCGGCGCAGCGGUACAACGCCCGGCUCUGCCAGGCUGGCCUGGAACCCGAGAGCAUGGCCGAUUACCUGAUCAGCGGCGGCACCGGCUACGUCCCCGAGGAUGGGCUGACGGCGCAGCAGCUCUUCGCCGUGGCGGACGGGCUCACCUACAAUGACUUCCUCAUCCUUCCCGGCUUCAUCGACUUCACGGCAGAUGAAGUGGACCUGACCUCCGCCCUGACCCGGAAGAUCACCCUGAAGACCCCCCUUAUCUCCUCUCCUAUGGACACUGUCACCGAGUCAGAUAUGGCCAUUGCCAUGGCGCUGAUGGGGGGGAUUGGGAUCAUCCACCACAACUGCACCCCAGAGUUCCAGGCCAACGAAGUCCGCAAAGUCAAGAAGUUUGAGCAAGGCUUCAUCACCGACCCGGUGGUCCUGAGCCCCAGCCACACCGUGGGGGACGUCUUUGAGGCCAAGAUCCGGCAUGGCUUCUCGGGCAUCCCCAUCACUGAGACGGGCAAGAUGGAGAGCCAGCUGGUGGGGAUCGUGACCUCGAGGGACAUCGACUUCCUCUCUGAGAAGGACUACAACACCCCUCUCAGUGAGGUCAUGACCAGGCGCAGUGACCUGGUGGUGGCCCCGGCAGGCGUCACCCUCAAAGAGGCCAACGAGAUUCUGCAGCGGAGCAAGAAAGGCAAGCUGCCCAUCGUGAAUGAGGUGGAUGAGCUGGUGGCCAUCAUUGCCCGCACCGACCUGAAGAAGAACCGGGACUACCCACUGGCCUCCAAGGACUCGCGCAAGCAGCUGCUGUGCGGGGCAGCCAUUGGCACCCGGGAGGACGACAAGUACCGGCUGGACCUGUUGGUGCAGGCCGGCGUGGACGUGGUAGUGCUGGACUCAUCUCAGGGAAACUCCGUCUACCAAAUCAAUAUGGUCCACUAUAUCAAGCACAAAUCUCCAGAGCUGCAGGUCGUCGGGGGCAAUGUGGUGACAGCUGCCCAGGCCAAGAACCUGAUCGACGCUGGCGUGGAUGCCCUGCGCGUGGGCAUGGGCUGUGGCUCCAUCUGCAUCACGCAGGAAGAGCUGCCUGCGCUUUCCUGGCUGCAGCCCGUGGCUCUCUGGAGCUGCCGGGGUGGCCGAGGGCUGGGCCGGACCCUCGGUGGGCCCUUCCUGCCUAUGACUCUCCCUCCCUCAGUGAUGGCGUGCGGCCGGCCUCAGGGCACCGCAGUCUACAAAGUGGCAGAGUAUGCCCGCCGGUUUGGGGUACCUGUGAUUGCGGACGGUGGGAUCCAGACGGUGGGCCACGUGGUCAAGGCCCUCUCGCUGGGGGCCUCCACAGUCAUGAUGGGGUCCUUGUUGGCGGCCACCACAGAGGCCCCUGGUGAGUAUUUCUUCUCCGACGGAGUGCGGCUGAAGAAGUAUCGGGGAAUGGGCUCCCUGGACGCCAUGGAGAAGAACCGCAGCAGCCAGAAACGCUACUUCAGUGAGGGGGACAAGGUGAAGGUGGCGCAGGGCGUUUCCGGCUCCAUCCAGGACAAGGGCUCCAUCCACAAGUUCGUGCCAUACCUGAUUGCUGGUAUCCAGCACGGCUGCCAGGACAUUGGCGCCAGAAGCCUCUCCGUUCUGCGCUCCAUGAUGUAUUCAGGAGAACUAAAGUUUGAGAAGAGGACGAUGUCAGCCCAGAUUGAGGGGGGAGUCCAUGGCCUCCACUCCUUUACGUUUCUGCCAUUUACGAGAAGCGGCUGUACUGAGGACAACUUCCAGAGCAGCGGCCAGUGACCGCUCGGGCCCCCCUGCCAGGGGCCACUGCUGAAGCCCACCAGCGCACCCACCUCUUCUCUCGCCCCUGGUUUGGCUGUGGCCCAAGACUUGCACUUCGGGCUGCCCUGCUGGUGGCACAUCAGGCCUCUCACCCGGCGCUGGGGCCGUCGCCGACUCCACUGGCUGCUCAGAAUUGGGGGUGGGGUGGGAUGGAUGCCCCUCUUGGCCUUUCCCCUAGUGCCUGGCCUCCAGCCUGCAGGUGGGGGCCUUGGCCGGUCUCCUGGUCUCCCCCUCCUGGGUGCAGCCUCUCGCCAAGCAGGUACAGCUGGACCCAGCCUCCAGGGCCUCGGGGAUGGCCCUUGGAUAGCAGCCAGGGAGGAGUUGCUGCCCUCCCACUGGUGUGGGGAGGAAGGGGGUGGGCCCAGUUGGAAGGAGCUGCAAGGGACCAAAUCCAGCUGCAAAGGUGUGGGGGCAGCCUCUGUCCAAACCCUUCUGGCCAGCCCCCGGCCCUCUUGUGCUGGCUCUCCAGCUCCCACUGCAGCCGCCUCCGUGCUUCUCUGGGGAAGAGGAUCUUGGCUAUGAGGGGGGGGCAGCUUUCACUCCACCCCACCUGGGAUUCCCUCCCAAUGCGGUAAUCUUUGCGCAUGCCAGGGCCCCACGUCGUGUCCUGUAUUAUUCGUAAAUAAAAGCAGCAGAGUGUCAUUUCAA